AUGACGAUAAAUCACAUCGAUCACCUAGACACUAUUCGGCCUAGGCGUAUUGAUAAGAAAACGGCCGACCAUAAGCAAUCCAAGGAGGAAUUUAGCGAUGAGACGAUCGAAAGACUCGCUAAGGAGUUUACAGCUAAGGUGCUAGAGCACAUUUUUAGUCUAGCCGAAGUUUUAUUAUUCCUUUUGGAGCGGAAGAACUCACCUAUUAAUGCUAUUAUAGGUAUGGAAGACUAG